AUGAAUGUUGUGUUAAUGCGCAAAUUCUGUGAAUUUGCAGAGGCAAUAAGGCUUGUUGACCUCCCUGUUUUCCUACAAUAUUACGCUUUUGAUGUCAUUGGUUCUAUUAUGAUGGAUACGAAUUUCGAUAUGAUGGAGACAGAAAGGGAUCGUAGUGGUCUCCUGCACAAAAUCAAAGUUGCCGCGAAACGUCAGAUGACCUUCGGUGCCUUUCCAGUCUUACAUGUUAUACUGGCCAGAUUCAUCGCGGAAUCAAGUAAACAAUUUCGUCAGCUCAGCUCAAAGCCCAGUGAGAACCAGAUGCCUGAACCGUUCCUCGCCGAACUUUUGGAUCUAGAACGGAAAGGGGAAAUUAACGAAGAAUCUAUUUUCAGUUCAUAUGGUUCCAACGUCAUCGCCGGGUCUGGUACUACAGCCACCACUCUAAGUGCGGCUUUCUACUAUAUAUACCGAAACCCGAUUGUUCUUAAGAAGCUACGUGAUGAGAUUGAUGCACGGGAACGGGCAGGGCUGUUAUCGAAUCCAGCUAGAUUCAAAGAAGCCCAGCAGAUGUCAUACCUACAAGCAACAACUGAGGAAACGCUUAGCAUGCAUCCGGCCGUGGCCCACAUAUUUCCACGAGAAGUUUCGCAUAACGGUGUCAUCCUGAGAGGAUAUAAAUUUCCAGCAAAGUUCGGCCUUGAAUUUUGCGGCGGUGGCUCGCGUAUAUGCCUCGGCAGGAAUAUCAGUCUCCUCGAGCUGGCCAAAGUCAUUCCUGAGGUGAUGCGUCACUUUGAUGUUCGCUUCGAAAAUCCUAGUCAGGCAUGGAAACUUGACGUCGGCUGGCUCACUUAG